GACGGUUUGUACAGAGAACGCCGCAGCAAAAGUCGAGGUCGGAGCUCAAAUCUCUUUUCUUGCUUGAAAAGCAGGGACGCGAGAGAGGGAAGGAAUGUGGUUGUCAGUAUACCUGUCCGGUGCUCUCAUCAAGUACGACCGCACAAUUCCCACCUGGACAAACUCACCAUAGAGAAUCGAGCCGAAGAACAGUCCGACCAAACGCUCUGUAUGACGUUCGAAAGGGGCCAUCAAGACAAGAAGAGG